AUGCCUUACGUCAAGCCGACUGUCCACCUCUCGCGUAUUGCAGGCACUGCCCUCAAGUCCUUCACCCAUGGCACCGCCCAGACCGUCGUUGCCGCCUCGCAGUCGUCCUACGCUGCACAGAACACCUCGGCCCUCCCGCUUGCGGACACCUUGAUUGGGCGUUUCCGCAAGAAUGAGCAGAGCCGUCUUCAGAAUGUCUACAAUCACAUAGAGGCCACCCGCCUGGCCAGCCGUGCCACCACACCUCGACCCGAGACGAGCCAUCAGGACUCGGGCCUCGACAAGUACUUCGAUGCCUGGCAGAAGCACCAGCGCAAUGGAGCAAAUGAGUGGCACCAGUUCCAGUUCGCGCGACGACUGGAAUGGCAGCCCCCUUCCGUCAUCCCGGGACAGAUUCAAGACAUCGCCGAGGUGGAAGAUGUGGAGGAGCAAAAGGAUACACAACUUGCUGCGCCGAGCCUGAAGCGCUCCUACACCACGAGUGCGCUCGACAACUUCAGCAAGGCUUUCAUCGACGACGAGGCAGCAGAGGCGAUUGCGCUCGAGCAGGUCAACAAUGCCAUCGCAGAAGAGAUCUCCCGCGCAAAGGAGGACUCUGAAGAUGGCCUGCCGAUGCGAGCAGCCUCUUCCGCGGCAUCUCGUGUCGAAGAAGUUGAAUCUUUCGAAUCCGAACCACGGUCCAGCAGCCCGGCCACCAUCUUUACCCCCACUGAGAGCUUUUCCAGCCCCGAAUCAGUCGAGAGCGAGGCCUACACCGAGACUCUGACGUCUCUCGCCGAGCGCCAGCAGUAUGACAGCAUCCCCGCUGUCUUCAAGGAGAUGCUGCGCGCCGGCGUGCAGAAGCCAUCUCAGGCCGCCUACCGUGCCUUACUUAGGUCUGCUAUUGAGCUCACUCCCGGCAAGCACCUGAAGGCCCCGAAGGCGCUGGAGGUCUACUCUGACAUGCUCCGGAGGAGAGUCACUCCAGAUGCUGCGACCUAUGGUAUCCUCAUUGAGCUGCUCUCCAGCCGUGCAUCCGAGUCAGUAGCCAUGAGAAAGGCCCUGGAGGAGCGCCUCACUCGUUAUGGUGGUCUGGAGCAGCCUGGCAAAUUCAUGUUCCGAUCCAGCCAGUCAGAGCACUCGAUGCUUGUUGAGGAUAGCUCCCUCAGCAUCGCAUUGAAGAUGUUCGAACGCGCGGCUGAGAACGGCUCCGGGGCGUUGUCGAGCGAGGCUUGCGCCUGCCUUGUCAUUGCGAGCGCCGAACAAGGCAGGGUCGAGGACAUGAACCGUGUCUACGACUACAUGGAGAGCCAGUCGCUUGAGCCGCUGUCCUCCAUCUAUGCACCGAUGAUCGCCGCGUUUGGUGUAAACGGUGACCUGCGGAAGGCCGUCGAGAUCUAUGAUGAGUACAAAGAUCUUGCUGUGGCUAACAACGAGGGCAAGAACGCAAUUGCUCGUGUGGACAACAAGAUCUACGCCGCUCUCAUCAGAGCUUAUGGCUCUGCCGAUAGGUUGAAAGGUGGUCUCAAGUUUUUGGCCAGCAUUCAAGCUGGGAUCCCGAGCCCCAAGGAGCUUGAGCAAUUGCGUGAAGUCGUUGCUCUUGAUGCUCUUUUGCCCUUGGCGCUUCAGGACACGACAUACCGCAACGCUUUUGAUCUGGCCAACUCUCUGACUGGCCACGCGUUCAACGCCUCGCUUUCCACGAUCGCCACAAAUGCCGCCGACAAGAACCUUCCUGAUAUCAGCAUGCAGGCUUUCGAUCUGCUCGCCCAGCACACUCGGGACGUCGCCGAGCCAAGCAUGGCAAUGCUCGCAAUGCACAUCCGUAAUGCUAAUGUUGAGGCAGCAGAACCAUUCUGGCGUGUUUUGGAAUCAGCCCCCGCCAGUCUUUCUUUUGUGGAACCGACUACCAUGCGCGCUGUUGCGCUUGUGGGUAUUGGCCAAGCCGAGCGAGGCCUCCGACAGAGCCGGCGCAUGUUUUCUCGCAUCCGCGAAACGCAGCCCGAGAGCCGCCAAGCGGAGGCGAUCGAGCAUAUCGAUGAGGCAGUUGAGCUGCUUGGCAACUUCAUGCUCAAGGGCCAACCUGCCCUUCUUCCCGAUGGCAGCCUCGAGCUUCUGCGCAUGAUGGCUGAGAACGGAGGUCUCAUAGUCUCGAUCGCAGAGCAUGUCAUGGCUCGCGUUAGCUCGGAGCACAUUACACGUCUGAACCAGGCCGAUUUGGAGUUCCUCCUCCGUGUGCAAGGUGGCAUGAUCUUGGAUGAGCUGUCCGCCGACAUCGCAAGCCCUGCCCGGUUUGGCUGCCUGCUCGAGAACAUCGUCUCUCGCUCCAUAAUGCCAUCCGCCGAAACGGAGACCAUCAUCGAGAAGACUCUGAUCAACAUUGACCGUGGCGAUCUUUCCCGGCUAUGGAACAACUAUCGCUACCCUAUGCCACCUGCGACGCUGCAGCCAACGUCGUUCAGCCCGGUCGUUCCAUUCCAAGCACCAGCUUCUUUCGAGGACACCUACGACCCGUAUGCCAGCCGGACUGAUGUCAAGGGAUCCAACGCCAUCACCGAGCUCCUUGAGCGCCCGCACGGUCGUCGUCUGAAUGAUGCAAUGUCCAAGUUCCGCAACAUGCGUCGCAUCGGUCGCGUGCCCCGAAUGUUCACCUAUGGCAAGCUGGUUGAGGCCUCCAUCAAGGAGCAUAACCUCAACCAGGCAUUCGACAUUCUGGAACUCGCCAAGCAAGACGUCCCGUUCGACGCUCGCUACCGUGUGGUCCGCUUCGGCUGGCAACAGAUUCUCGAUCAUAUGGUCGCUGGCUGCCUGAACAUCGGUCGCCGUGACCUCGCUGCCAGAUACCAUCAAGACAUGAUCGACAUGGGAUUCGCGCCUUCAGCCAACACUUUCGGUCUGUACAUCACGACUCUGAAGGAGAACACCAAGACCUUCGACGAGGCUUCUGAGGCCGUCAAGAUUUUCUUGCGAGCCAAGGGCGAGGGUGUAGAGCCUUCGUCCUUCCUCUACAAUGCGCUCAUUGGCAAGCUUGGCAAGGCCCGUCGCAUCGAUGACUGUUUAUUCUACUUCGCAGAGAUGCGCAAUCUCGGAAUUCGCCCUACAUCCGUCACCUACGGUACCAUUGUCAACGCCCUCUGCCGGGUGUCUGACGAGAAGUUCGCGGAGGAGAUCUUCGAGGAAAUGGAGGCCUGCGCCAACUACAAGCCACGUCCAGCACCUUACCAUUCUCUGAUGCAGUACUUCUUGACCACCAAGCGCGACCGCACCAAGGUGUUGUCCUACUACCAGCGCAUGCGCAGUAAGAGGAUCGAGCCUACGGUCCACACGUACAAGCUUCUCAUCGACGCCCACGCUACUCUCGAGCCUGUCAACAUGCCUGCUGCUGAAGCGGUGGUGGAAGAAAUGCAGACCGCCGGCAUUCAGCCCGAAGCCGUCCACUAUGCUUCUCUGAUCCACGCCAAAGGCUGCGUGCAGCACGAGAUGGAAGCAGCACAGGCACUGUUUGACAAGGUCAUUGCCCAGGGAAAGGUCAAGCCUCAGCCAUGCAUGUACCAGGCCGUCCUGGAGAGCUUGAAUGCCAACCGUCGCUCGGCGGAGUGCGAGCCUCUCCUCACCGACAUGGCUUCUCGAGGUGUCGACUUCACGCCUUACAUCGCCAACGCACUCAUUCACGGCUGGGCCUUGGAGAAGAACAUCGAAAAGGCAAAGGACGCGUUCGCUCGUGUUCCGAUGUCGCGGCGUGAGCCGAGCACGUACGAGGCCAUGGUUCGCGCUUACCUGGCUACCGAAGAUCGUGACGCUGCGAAGGCUGUCGUUCGCGAGGCGCUGAGCCGGGGAUACCCCAGCGCCGUUGCUGGCAAGAUCGCCGAGGUGGUGCGGUAA